AGAUAAUUUAAACUUGAAGAUCAUCCCAUUAAAGAUUUAGUUCCUUUCUUGAGUUUGAUUUGAACACUUCAACUAUGCGGACAUACAGCGUGUACAUUAUAACAGUUAUUUUAUGGAGUACCGUUUUCCUGUUCUCCAUUGUUCACUUAUUGCCAGUCAACGCUGCAAUUCUAACGAAUUCAACUACUGCGGAUUUGUUAGUUAAUUUAUCAACUUCAUCAAAUGAUUGCGGCAAUACAUUGCAGUUGGAUCAUCUCAAUCACGCCCUGAAACAAAUCGAUGGCGCCGUGCAAAAUCUAGAGGAAAAGGCGCACAAUUGGGCCAUCUUCCGCCACCAUAUUGAUGCUUGGAAUGACCAAAUAAAGUCACUGGAACAUAAACUAGAUUUAGUUAAGCGCGCACAGGAUGAACAGCAAGCAUAUGGAAAUAAAUUAAUCAGUUUGGAGUUCACACUCAACCACAUACUAAGCAAAGUCGUAUAUCUAAGUGAUGCCUGUAAUACGCACCAGGGAACCGUCGCCUAUCCCUCUGCUGCCAUAAGGCCACCUGUAAUGUUCAACGCCCAUAUGAACAGCAAUGGCAAUGACAAUGACAAUGGCCGUGAUACUACGCAACAACAGCAACAAAAACAAGAUACCAAUGAACUGCUGUACGAGCACAUCGCGUUGCUGGGAGACGUAAAACAUGCAAUCGGCAUAGACAAGCAACUGCGCGGCGAGCUAUCGACACGUUUGAGCAACAUAUUGCGCCAUGUGCAGAACAUUGAACGCGAUAAUUGUGGUGGAGAAAGACGGCAUUUCACAUCGAAUGCGAAAGAUAAAGCCAACGGCCACAGCAAUGGCAAUGCCAACAAUAAAAUGGGGAAAUUAAUGGCGCCAAUAGGCGGUUGCAAUUCAAAUCAAAAUAUCGAACGUGCUUUAAAAUCGUUAGGUGAACAAGUAUCAACACUUAGCGCACAAACAUCAACGCCAAAAGAAUCAAAGCAAUUGCAUACGUUGACUAAGAAAAAUUCUCAACAAUUAGAAAAUGUAAUAAAUUUCUUAAACAAAGUUGAUGAGCGCCUAUUGCAGUGGCGUGAUGAAAGUGCGCUCGGCUGGCACCAAUGUCAGGCUAUGUCCGGCGAACUGUCCACUUUUACUGAAAGCUCAGACCUGCUGUUGAAACGUAUCGAAAUGUUGGUGCAUGAAGUGAACGAAAAACUGGCCAAGCAACCGGUGGCGAAAUCUGGCAAUAAAGAUGAUGAAAACGAUGGUUCCUAUGAAGUAGAAGAUGUCGCUGCUGUUGAUGAUCAUCGGGCUGAUGAGGAAGGUAAAAUAGAUGAUAGUGGUGAGGUUGUGUUGACCAAACACGUAAAUGGCAACAUGGUACCAACUAAAAAUGUUGACGUUGAAGAGCAGACGGAGAAAAUAGAUGAUCGUUUCGACGUAAUCGAUUUCCUACAACCCGAAAAAACUGCCUGUCACGAUCUGAAUGCCCCACCAGUCGAUGGCGUUUACAAAUUCUUUACACCAGAAUUAAAUGAGGCGGGACGUGAUUUUAACGAACGAUAUUGUUCCUUUGCCACUGAGGGCGCAGCUUGGACCGUUAUACAUAAUCGUGGUCCAUAUGAUGAGCACGAGAACUUCAAUCGUUCAUGGGUGGACUAUAGAAAUGGAUUUGGUGAGUUGAACAAAGAGUUUUGGUUUGGCAACGAAUUCAUACAUCAGCUGGUUGAUCGAGAUGACUACGAACUGCGCAUUGAAUUAACCGAUUUUGAGGAGGCACACGUAUGGGCCGAAUAUUCAUUCUUUCGCUUGGACAGUGAGCGUUACAACUACAAUUUACUGAUCGGUGGCUAUAGCGGCACAGUACCCGAUGCAAUGCAUUAUCACAAUGAAAUGGACUUCAGCACCUAUGAUCGACGCAACGACAAAAGUGUGGAUGCAUGUUGCGCAUGUGCCACUGGUUAUGCGAGUGGUUGGUGGUUUGACAAUUGUUCGGAGGCGAACUUAAAUGGUAUUUAUCGUGAAACACCAAGCGGACACAAUUACGUGGGCAUCAUUUGGGAGCAAUGGCGUGGUGACUACUCUCUACAAAAGGCGCGCAUGAUGAUAAGACCGAAGAAUUUGUCGACCGAGGAACAGUUAAAGCACAGCGAGCGUCGCGAACGCAAUGAAGAUCCCUGAAAAUUAUUUGGGAAGAGGAAGCAAAAAGCUCGUUGAUAUAUCAGCAAAACGAAUUGAAUAGUUUACUUAUAACUAACAUACAUAUGUGUGUAGUAUAUAUUUUGAAACAUAUAAGUGUGUAUGUGAAUUUCCAAGAAUCCUAAUAAAAAUAAAUGCUGAAGCGGCUGUCAAGUAAAAA